UCUCUCUCUCUCUCUCGAUCGAUCGAUCGAUCUGGAAAACCCGAGAAACAAACAAAGUAAAAAAGAAAACUUGCAGAUUCCGGCUUUCCGAUCGAUUUCAUUCGUACAAUCCCGAUUCUGCAUUCUCUCUCAUUCCCUUCGAUUCAUGGGCAUUAAAUCCGUUUUUCUCCCGCCUCCAUCUCCUCUAAAUCCGACCUCAAAACCAUUUUCUUAAAUCGGAUCCGAAUCAGCUCCGAAUCGACAUUCCCGCCCCUGAAAUAGGGUCUCUCAGACAACACCUGGACGAUUCUGAUCCGUCUCAGAGACAGCGAGAAUCGGCAGAGGAUUUUCGAAUUUCGAGUCUUCAGCAAUCGCUUUUCUUCUAAAUGCAUUUUGGGUUCAUGCAUUGAUGAAGGGAUUGAAUCCAAUUUCGGUCCGUUCCUGAUGCAUUUAGACGAUCCCAGCAUCGUUUUCCGAGUUUCUGCUUUGAAAGCGUAAUUACUGAUGUAAGAAGAGGAGAUUGGGGUGGGAGAGAUAUUUGAUUCAUUGCAGCGAUGGGUUCGUUGUCUGCAAUCAGUGAGGAGCUGGGUAACAUCGAUGGACAGAUCAACGAUAUCUUCCGUGCAUUAUCAAAUGGGUUCCAGAAGCUUGAGAAAAUCAAAGACUCAAAUAGGCAGAGCCGACAACUGGAGGAACUUACAGACAAAAUGCGGGAAUGUAAGAGGCUAAUUAAAGACUUUGACCGAGAAGUCAAGGAAGUGGAGAGUAGAAAUACUUCAGACACCAAUAGAAUGCUCAUUGAGAAAAAACAGUCAAUGAUUAAAGAAUUGAAUUCUUAUGUUGCUCUAAAAAAGCAACAUGCAAGUAGUCUUGAAAGCAAGCGAGCUGAUCUCUUUGAUGGGCCUGAUGGAGAGCAUGGUUUUGGUGAAGAGCAUGUUCUGCUUGCUUCAUCUAUGACCAAUCAACAGUUAAUUGAUAGUGGAAACCGAAUGAUGGAUGAGACAGAUCAAGCAAUUGAGCGGUCAAAAAAGGUUGUUCACGAAACCAUUAAUGUUGGAGCCGAGACGACAGCUGCUCUCAAGGCACAGACUGAACAAAUGAGUAGGAUCGUUAAUGAGCUGGACUCUAUCCAUUUCUCAAUAAAGAAGGCCUCUCAACUGGUUAAAGAGCUCGGCAGACAGGUUGCAACUGACCGAUGCAUUAUGACAAUGCUCUUCAUAAUUGUCAUUGGAGUGGUAGCAAUCAUCAUUGUGAAGCUUGUAAACCCAAAUAACAAGGACAUACGGGAUAUUCCUGGACUCGCCCCGCCGGCACUUACUCGGAAACUUCUCUGGGAUCCAAACUAGAGGCAUGGAAUUGAAGCUGAUUCUUUCACACCAAAGAAAAUCGCCGAAUCCUGGUCUUAUUGGUUGAGUGGCCCAGUUUCAUUUACGGGAUGUUCUAAGCAAGCAUCUUAUGAUCACUAUGGUGAUUCUGAUCCGACAAGACUGAUGGUUGAGCGGUGGUCUUCCAAUCGUUCUAUGGCUAUUAUUCUAAGUCAUAUUUUAUUUUUGUCCUUCUAAAAAAAAUCAAUAACCUGAAGUCUGAUCUGGUCAAUUUCUUUUCCAUUUUUAUGAAAUUUGGUUUUUGCUAUCAAAGCACAGGAAAUCAAGACAUUGACUGGCCAUUAAUAAAUUGGAGUGAGGAAAGAAUAGUAAUCUUUGUUAUGCA